AUGGGUGACUUCGCCACCAACGGCUUUCUUUUGAUACCUGUUUGCGUUCUAACCCACGUUUUCUGUUUUAUACUAGACGGUCUCGGUUCGUCCUCUAACGAACUUUUUCUUGCUUUAGUUUUCUCAUAUUCCAAAUUCACGUUACCAACAACCAUAUUCCGAUUCAUUUUUUCUUUUUCGAAUUUGGUAAACGAUUUUUUUCUGGUGGGUACAUUCGAAACAGACUUAUCCGUCUCAACUUGUAUCCCUCCCCCCUUAAAAAUUUUUUGAGCUACCUUCUCGGAUCUAAGUUUGUGAUUAUCUAGUGGAUCACCUCUAACCUCUAAGGGUCUAUCAUAAUGAUCUGUUUCAACGGACUUUAAAGCUCCGACAAUUUCUUUCUGCGUAGCCGCGGCACUAACGCCUUUGUUUUGCUCUUGUAUUUCUUUUGCUUGGCCGAAUUUGCGCUCACACAAUGCAGAAUGAUGAUUAGCC